AUGCGGGAACACCAUGGAAUUGAGGUCGACGUUCGGCGAUACGAGAAUGAGCUCAUUCGUCGUAGCGAGAACCCAAAAUGGAUGGACGCGGAAAAGCUCAUGCGAAAAGUGUUGCAAAGAAGGAAAUCAGAGCCGGCAAUGAAGAAAAUUUGUGCGCAAAAGGUCGGAGAUGUGUUCAACAAGUCGUUGGCUGAGGAUUUUCGCAAUGUGCUCGCGUGUGGCCCAUUGAGCCUUGCAAAAAUCCCGGCACUCAUCGAAUGCUCGAAAAUCUGCCAAAAAAUGGCCUCGGUGAGAGGGACACGC